GAACUCUCCGCUUCUCAACGACGUUUGCAAGAGUCUCAGGCUAAUUCAAAUAGGCUAUCGCCUCACUUUUGUAUUGAAGGUGCUUGGGGUCCUUACAUACCAGGCCAAAAUUGGUGCGGGCAGCGGCACUGCAUAGCUCUGCUUGCUGCGAACGAUACCAGCUACUAAUCAGCCGUCUUUCCACUCUUCGUUCUUUUCCCAAUUUCUGUCCUGCCGUGCUGGUUCUCGGUCCUAGGAUCCUUUCACGAUACCCCUGGUCACUAAUUUACCAUCUCAAUGUCUUUGUUCAAGCGGCAUCCACCGCCGUCUGACAUUGACGAGAAUGAUACCAUAGACCCACAACUCCGUCUCCGCACAGUGCGCACAGCAGCUUCUACUAUUGCAGAAUCCAUACGCUCAGAAAUUAAAGCGCGCAAGAGAUGGAGAACCACCCAGAAGAGAUCCUUGUUUUUUCGCAAGAAUGCAAAGAAACCAAAGACUUCAGAACCAGGCCCAUCAACGGCCCAAUCAGUUGAGGCCCCCUCAGCCCCGCAAUCGCGCAUUCAAGGCGCGCGGAGAAACAUAUACGUCAAUCAACCACUCUCUGCCAUGGAGUCAGACCAGCAUGGCGAACCACUCGCCCGUUAUGCACGGAACAAAGUUCGCACAAGCAGGUACACACUCUUGACCUUUCUGCCAAAGAACUUGUUUGAACAAUUUCACCGAAUUGCCAAUAUUUACUUUUUAGCGCUCGUCAUUUUUCAAUUUUUCUCCGUUUUCGGUGCAGCAUCGCCACAGACCGCGGCUCUCCCGUUGUUGUUCAUCUUGGUCGUGACAGCGGUCAAGGACGGUGUCGAGGAUUAUAGACGAGCCAAACUAGAUGAAGAAGUGAACACAUCUGCAGUAACGAGACUCGGGGAGUGGCGCAACGUAAACCAAGCCCUUGAUCCCCGACCAUGGUACCAACGGCUACUCCACAUAAAUGCUCCUGGAAAAAUCACUCGUGGAGUGCAGAAACUACGGGAGAAGGAAGCAGGCGAGGGAAAGCAGAUCAUCUUGAACAAGAGUGGUGAAGAUAGGGUCAGCAUGAGCACCACAGACAUGAACGAUAGCAUUACAGUCUUGGGCGGAUCUCACCCUCCUACAGGGGUAGGUGGCCGGCAACUGGAGGAUAUUGAAAGCAGUAUAGGCAGCGUGGAGUUGCAUACCUACCCUCCGGGGCUCCCAGAAAACGAGCUUAGAGGAUGGGAUCAACACAGUAUGUCCCUAUCAAACUAUAUGCAGUCGUCUCCUUCACGGUCAUCUCUGGGCGUGGUAGAUUGGAGCAGGCGCACAAACGGGACAGCCCGCUGGGAGAGGACGUUGUGGAAGAAGCUGGAGGUCGGCGACAUUGUGCUUCUACGGGAAGAUGAGCAGGUUCCUGCUGAUAUCGUCGUAUUGUCGACAUCUGAUGCAGAGGGACUGUGCUAUCUCGAAACCAAGAACCUUGACGGCGAAACAAACCUCAAGGUACGGAAGGCAAUACAGGCUACGGCAUCCCUCAGCUCAGAAGAAGACAUCGAAAAAUCCUCGUUUGUCCUCGAUUCAGAACCUCCGCACCAGAACUUGUACAUAUACAAUGGGGUCCUGCGAUAUACAGACGCUGCCACGCGCGAACCUCGUAGAGAGGGUGUCACUAUCAAUGAGCUACUCCUUCGCGGCUGCACCGUACGGAACACCGCAUGGAUCAUCGGACUAGUCGUCUUCACCGGCCAAGACACCAAGAUAUACUUGAACGGUGGACAGACCCCAUCCAAGCAAUCGAAGAUCGCGAAGGAGACAAACUUCAAUGUCAUAGUGAAUUUCCUAUUCUUGAUCAUCAUCUGUUCGAUAUCAGCGACCAUCAACGGGGUUAUGGAUGGGCUAACAGCCACAAGCACAUAUGUAUAUGAGCAAGGCGUCCAACCCACUAGUUCCAACGUACUCAACGCACUCGUUACUUUCGUGUCGUGUCUCAUCGCCUUUCAGAAUAUCGUCCCAGUCUCCCUGUUCAUCUCUAUCGAGAUCGUCAAGACCAUCCAAGCCUACUUCAUUGCUCAAGAUUUGGACAUGUACUACAAGCCCUUCAACACUGCAUGUGUCCCAAAGAACUGGGACCGGAACGCUGACGCAAACGUGAUGGAGUUCCAAAAAUGCUCGGUGCGCGGGGUCAUAUAUGGAGAGGGCGUUACAGAAGCGCAGCGUGGAGCUGCAACGAGGGAAGGCCGGGCUGAUGCAAUAGCACCAGAAGAGCUAGUGGAAAAGCUUGCAGUGCUCAAGGACACCAUGGUUGCCAAGCUGACCAAGCUAUUCAAGAACCGCUAUAUGCAGGUUGACAAACUCACGCUCGUGUCACCCAAGCUCGCAGAGGACCUCGCAGACCGCUCGACGGAACAAUUCUCCCACAUCGUCGCGUUUUUCCGUGCCUUGGCCGUGUGCCACUCAGUAUUGGCGGAUAAGCCCGAGCCGCAGGAGCGCCCUUAUCGCUUGGAGUAUAAGGCUGAGUCCCCUGAUGAGGCGGCGUUGGUUGCUGCUGCGCGGGAUGUGGGCUUUCCUUUUGUCGGCAAACACAAGGACACGAUUGACAUUGAAGUGCUUGGUCAACCUGAGCGGUUCACGCAUAUGAAGACGCUCGAGUUCACUAGCACACGUAAGCGCAUGAGCGUCAUCGUCCGUGCGUCAGAUGGACGCAUCAUCUUGUACUGCAAAGGGGCGGACAGCGUCAUAUACGAACGGCUUGCUGCGGAUGUGGACCCUGCUUUGAAGGAGAAGACGACCAAGGACAUGGACUUUUUUGCUAAUGGUGGUUUGCGCACACUCUGCAUUGGUUAUAGAGUGCUCGAGGAGGAUGAAUUCUUGCGGUGGCUGCGGACGUAUGAAGCUGCUCAGUCGACUGUCGACGACCGCGACGAAGCCAUUGAAAAUGCAGCGGCUGAGGUGGAACACUCGUUGCAGAUACUGGGCGCUACGGCUCUUGAGGACAAGCUGCAAGAAGGAGUACCGGAAGCUAUUGAAAUGCUCCAUCGCGCUGGAAUCAAGCUUUGGAUUCUCACAGGCGACAAGCUGCAGACCGCGAUCGAGAUUGGUUUCAGCUGCAACCUCCUGAAACAAGAUACUGAAAUCAUGAUCCUGUCUGCUGAUAGCCCCGAAAGCACUCUUGCUCAGAUAGAGGCGGGUCUCAACAAGAUUGCGUCGAUAUUGGGCCCUCCUACCUCGAAAACAAUGGAACGCGGGUUUGUCCUUGGUGCUAAGGUUUCCUUUGCGGUCGUUAUUGAUGGUGACACCCUACAUCACGCAUUGACGCCGGAUAUCAAGCCUUUGUUCCUGAACCUUGGUACCCAGUGCGAAACAGUCGUAUGCUGUCGUGUCUCGCCUGCCCAGAAGGCACUGACUGUGAAGCUGGUCAAGGAGGGUCGGAAGGCAAUGACGUUGUCUAUAGGAGAUGGCGCUAAUGACGUUGCAAUGAUUCAAGAAGCCAAUGUUGGUUGUGGUCUGCUUGGACAUGAAGGUUCACAAGCUGCUAUGUCUGCCGAUUAUGCCUUCGGUCAAUUCAGGUUUUUGACGAAGUUGCUGCUCGUCCAUGGGAGGUGGUCGUACCAGCGUAUUGCUGAUAUGCACAGUAAUUUCUUCUACAAGAAUGUCAUCUGGACGUUGGCCAUGUUUUGGUUUAUGCCGUUUUGCUACUUCGACGCAACCUAUUUAUAUGACUACAGCUUUAUUUUGUUUUACAACCUCAUCUUUACCUCACUGCCUGUCAUCGUCCUCGGAUCAUUCGAUCAAGAUAUCAAUGCAAAGGCUGCCCUUGCUUUCCCUCAGCUCUAUGUUCGCGGCAUCAGAGGCUUGGAGUACACGCGGACAAAGUUCUGGUUCUACAUGCUCGAUGGUCUUUACCAGUCUGCGGUGGUCUUCUUCAUUCCCUACUUGGUCUGGCAGCUUGGACUGGCCGUGGCGUCCAAUGGCAAAGGGAUUGAUUCUUUAGCGGACUUUGGGACAACCGUUGCGGUUGCUGCUAUCUUUGCAGCGAACACAUACGUCGGGAUGAAUACUCACUACUGGACCUCUAUCACUUGGGUCGUCGGUAUCGGAUCAUCUCUUGUCAUGCUCCUUUGGAUUGUGAUCUAUUCGUUCCUUCCGGUCAACACCUUCUUCUCUAAUACAGAUGGAUUUAUCGACGAGGUAGAGAUUCUCUUCUCCAAUGUCACAUUUUGGGCGACAGUUGUUUCUUCUCCGUUUUGGUGGCACUUGUUCUUUAAGUCGACAUAUAUGCCCUUGGAUAAAGACAUUAUUCGCGAGAUGUGGGUCGGAGGGGAUCUCAAGGACCGUCUGGGAAUCCGCCAUCGCAAGGAAUCGAAGAACAAACAUGUUGAUCUUGAGACUGCACCCAUGUUCCGCGAACCUCACGCUCGUUCAGCGUCAGAAUUAGUUCUGCAGCAAGGUUACGAACCAACGGUUACAAGAUCCCGCGCAGGUUCUGAUAGCAAGAAUCCUGACGAUAAUGGCGCAGAUGCUAUCGAACUGGUCCCCCAGGCCGCGUUACCAAAUCCCUACGCGGGGAAUGCUGUCUCACCCAAUACCUCUUACUACUCGGCAUCCGAUAUCCCCCUGCCCUCACCUAUACCACCCUCACUAUAUCAGUAUCCAUCAGGAGAAAUAAGCAACCAAGCACCAUUUGUCGCGCCGUCAAGCUCACGCCCCUCUCGUGAUUGGUCUCAAUCCCCUUCGCGUAUGCAGACUCCUCCACACCCUCAUUCCUUGGCACCUGGCCGACAAUCCCUUGUUCAGCUUCAACCAGAGGGACUUCAUGAUCACGAUGCUGGCGAGGGUCGGUAUCGACCAGAAGAAUCUGAUCAGGAAGAUCAGGCAGACGGCUCACUGGGGUGGGACACGCCGCGGGUUUUCUGA